AUGGACAAGAUUGUUGAAGAGGUCACAAAAAGACUUCCUCCCUUGCCUCUGCAUAUUGAUCGUCCACUUGGAUGUGAUUCUGAACUUGAAGAGGCAAAAUCACUUCCACAGAUUGAUUCACAUGCUACCUCUUUUAUGUUGGUAAUUCAUGGAGAACGUGAAAUAAGCAAAUUUGUUGCGGAGCUGUAUAACAAGAUUAGGCCUCACUUUGUAGCUGCAAGUUUUCUUUCUAAUGUCAGUGAGAAAACAAAUGAAAGUGGUUUUGGCCUAGAAAUUCUACAGAUCACCCUUCUUUCUGAGAUGAUAGGAAAGGUAAAGACUAAGAUUGGAAGUACAUUCAAAGGAUCCUCUGAAAUAAAAAAAAGACUAGACCAGAAAAGGGUUCUUCGAGUUUUGGAUGAUGUUGAUAGCAUACAACAACUGAAUUCACUAGCAGGAGGAACUGAUUGGUUUGGUCCUGGUAGUAGAAUCAGUAUAACAACAAAAAAUAAAAAUGGGCUAGAAGAUGAGCAUUUGUCAAAUAAUGGUCUUAAUAUGGUUAUGAAGCAUUACAUCUACAAAGAAAGUGGAUCUACUGUGAAAGAAAAAAAUGUAGUGGGAUUGGUGAAAGAUUUUGAAAUUGUGAUUAAUCAGCUCAAGGAAGAAGGUUCCCCUGAGAAUGUUGUUUCCAUUGUUGGCAUGGGUGGGUUAGGCAAGACUACACUUGCUCGAAAGAUCUACAAUAGCGAUGAGGUCAAGACGAUAUAUCCUUGCCGUGCCUGA